AUGGGAACUCCAACUGCGAUACAACAUUUAGAAGAUAAUGGUGAACAUUAUUUCGGUAGCAAAUAUCCGUCAGUUCCAGUGCCUGAUAACUUGACCCUGCCAGAAUUUGUUCUCCAGGAUGCUGAAUUAUAUGCUGACAAGGUAGCAUUUGUUGAAGCUGUGUCCGGAAAGGCGUAUACUUAUCGCGAUGUGGUUAGGGACACAGGGAGGUUUGGGAAGGCCUUGAGGUCAAUUGGCCUCAAGAAAGGGGAUGUAGUCAUAGUGCUACUCCCUAAUAUUGCAGAGUAUGGCAUUGUUGCUCUGGGAAUCAUGGCUGCUGGUGGUGUUUUCUCAGGUGCAAACCCAGCUUCGCACGCAUCAGAAAUAAAAAAACAAGCAGAUGCUGCAAAUGCCAAGAUGCUAGUAACAAAUGGUCCAAACUAUGAAAAGGUGAAAGGUCUGGAGCUACCAGUCAUUGUACUAGGUGAAGAGCGCAUUGAAAGUGCCAUGAAUUGGGACGAGUUGCUCAAAGCAGCGGAAAAUGCCGGUGAAGGCACCAGGUUUACCAAGGAGGAAGUUGUCCAGAGUGAUCUAUGCGCCCUUCCAUUCUCAUCAGGCACCACAGGGGUUUCAAAGGGUGUAAUGCUAACCCAUAGAAAUUUAGUGGCUAAUUUAUGCUCCUCUCUCUUCAGUGUAGGGCAAGAGCUGGUAGGUCAGGUUACUACAUUAGGCCUGAUUCCCUUCUUUCACAUAUAUGGGAUUACUGGAAUCUGUUGUGCCACGCUUAGGAACAAAGGGAAAGUGGUGAUAAUGAACAGAUUUGAUCUUAGGACAUUCCUGAAUGCGUUGAUCACGCAAGAGGUGACAUUUGCCCCAGUCGUGCCACCAAUAAUUUUGGCCUUGGUUAAGAAUCCCAUAGUGGAGGAAUUCGAUCUUAGUAAGCUCAAACUCAGGGCUAUUCUGACUGCAGCAGCUCCAUUAGCCCCAGAGCUCCUUACCGCCUUUGAAAAAAAGUUCCCUGGUGUUCAAGUCCAAGAGGCAUAUGGACUAACAGAGCAUAGCUGCAUCACACUGACCCAUGGAGACCCCAUUAAAGGACAUGGCAUUGCAAAGAAGAACUCAGUUGGGUUUAUCCUUCCCAAUUUAGAGAUCAAGUUCAUUGAUCCUGACACUGGUCGAUCUCUGCCCAAGAAUACCCCGGGUGAAUUGUGUGUCAGAAGCCAAUGCGUAAUGCAAGGCUAUUACAAAAACAAGGAGGAGACUGAUCGGACCAUUGACAAGAAUGGGUGGCUGCAUACGGGUGACAUUGCGUACAUAGAUGAUGAUGGAGAUAUUUUUAUUGUGGAUCGCAUCAAAGAGCUGAUCAAGUAUAAGGGGUUUCAAGUAGCUCCAGCCGAGCUGGAAGCUAUCCUCCUAACUCAUCCCUCGGUUGAAGAUGCAGCAGUGGUGCCGCUGCCUGAUGAGGAGGCAGGUGAAAUCCCAGCUGCAUGUGUUGUUAUGAGCCCAAAUGCCACAGAAAGUGAAACAGACAUCAUGGACUAUGUAGCCUCCAGUGUUGCACACUACAAGAAAGUGAGGGUUUUGCAAUUUGUGGAGACAAUCCCAAAAUCUCCUUCAGGGAAGAUCAUGAGAAGGCUUUUGAAAGAAAAGAUGAUGGAAAAGAUGGGGAAAAACAUUCCCACAGCUAAUGCAACAUUGCCUACAUAA